AUGUUCCUUCAGGAUAAGAACAAGAAGCUCCGUCCCCUAUAUGACAUUCCCUAUAUGUUUGAGGCGAGGGAAUUCCUGCGCAAGAAACUCGUUGGCAAGAAGGUAAAUGUGAAUGUGGACUACAUCCGCUCUGCUAGUGCAGCUACAGACACCGUACCAGCAUUUUCUGAACGUACCUGCGCCACAGUCACUAUUGGUGGCAUAAACAUUGCAGAAGCUCUUAUAAGCAAAGGCCUGGCUACUGUGAUUCGUUACCGUCAGGAUGAUGACCAGAGAUCUUCGCACUAUGAUGAGCUGCUAGCAGCAGAGGCCAGGGCUAUCAAGAAUGCCAAAGGCCUUCACAGCAAGAAGGAAAUUCCAAUCCACAGAGUGGCCGACAUCUCUGGGGAUACCCAAAAGGCAAAACAAUUUCUUCCCUUCCUGCAGAGGGCUGGGCGUUCAGAAGCCAUUGUAGAGUAUGUGUUCAGUGGGUCCAGACUGAAGCUUUACAUGCCUAAGGAAACAUGCCUUAUUACCUUUCUCCUAGCUGGCAUUGAAUGUCCAAGAGGUGCCAGGAAUGCCCCUGGUGGAGUUCAGGAAGGCGAGCCAUUCAGCGAGGAUGCUACAAUGUACACGAAGGAACUAGUAUUGCAGCGAGAGGUGGAGGUGGAAGUGGAAGCAAUGGACAAGGCUGGAAACUUCAUUGGGUGGCUUCAUGUGGAUGGUGUCAAUCUGUCAGUAUCCCUAGUGGAACAUGCGCUGUCAAAGGUCCACUUCACUGCAGAACGUAGCAACUACUAUAAAACUCUCUUGUCUGCUGAAGAGGCUGCCAAACAAAGGAAAGAGAAGAUCUGGUCGAAGUUUGAAGAGCAACCAGUAGAAGAAGUCGUGGCUGUGGUGGAGGAAAAGGAAAGGAAUGUCAACUACAAACCUGUCUUAGUAACAGAAAUUACAGAUGAGCUACACUUCUAUAUCCAGGAUGUAGAAACAGGUACUCAGCUUGAGAAACUUAUGGAAAGUAUGAGGAGUGAAAUUGCCAGCAAUCCUCCCUUGGAAGGGUCAUUCGCACCACGUCGUGGAGAUUACUGCAUUGCCAAAUAUGUGGAUGGAGAAUGGUAUAGAGCCCGAGUUGAAAAGAUGGAGUCACCCUCGAAAGUUCAUGUGUUUUACAUUGAUUAUGGAAACAGAGAAAUUCUAUCUUCCACUCGCCUGGGUCCCCUCCCUGCAUCAUUCAAUGUGCGUAUGCUCCAAGCUCAGGCUACAGAGUACUGCUUUGCCUUCAUACAAGUGCCACAUGAUGAGGAUGCCCGUACAGAUGUGGUGGAUAAUGUGGUCCGUGACAUUCAGAACACUCAGUGUCUCUUGAAUGUGGAAUUUACUGGAGCCACUUGUCCACAUGUGACCCUGCAAUUUGCUGACUCCAAGGAGGAUGUGGGCCUGGGGCUGGUGAAAGAAGGCCUGGUCAUGGUGGAGGUGCGCAAAGAAAAGCAGUUCCUGAAAGUGAUGGCAGAGUAUUUGAGCGCUCAGGAAUCUGCAAAAGCUGCCCGGCUGAACCUGUGGCGCUAUGGUGAUUUCCGAGCUGAUGAUGCGGAUGAAUUUGGAUACAGCCGCUAAAACGAUGCCAUUCCAAAGAUGACAGAAGCCCACCCUGUUCUCUGCUGCCAUCCAGAUUUCUGCUGCCUGCUUUCCAUUUUACACUUCAUCCCAUAUAAAGUUAUCCCUCUAAUCUAAGGGAAGAGUUUUCAGCCAGCAACAGCAUAUACACUGAAGGGAGCUUACAGGGUUAAACCUGGACAAACAUUUGCAUCAUACAGAUUUCCUUAAAAUCAGUUUGUACAUCAACUGCUAAUUUUAAGUGUUUGUUUUUUUUUUUAAAAAAAGGAAAAUAUACGUGGGCUGAUAUUUAGUUUUGUACUUUCCUGUAAUUCAGUCCUGUCCCGAAAUCACAUCCUAACGGUUGAUUGUCAAGGUUUUAUCUGUCCUUUACCAAUAGUAUUUUUCCCUCCUUUAUCCAAUGUCCAGGGUCAUGUUUUGUCUUGUGUAUUUAAUGGCUCAAUAAAGUACAUCAUUAUAAAUUCUUAA